AUGGACGUAAUAUUGAUAAAAGAGGAUUACUUUAUUCUCGACAUAAAAGUGCGGCCCAAUGCCUCUCAGACAGAAAUUCGUGCUUUCACUGAUGAAGAAUUUAUAAUUGCACUUGCGGCGCCAGCAGAUAAGGAAAAAGCCAACAAAGAACUUUUAAACUUUCUUUCAACGAUUUUUGGAGUCCAGAAAGACAAGUUAAGUGUUACUGGCGGACAACAUUCAAGUAGGAAAAAAAUUAGAGUAAGCUUAAGAGCGAGUAUUCAGGAGGUUACGAAUAUGAUAGCCAAGUGCAUGAAUAAGGUCUGA